UCACGGUGACUCACGCUGAAGUAACGGGCAGAAGGAGGGUAGAGCCCGGGCAGAGAGCAUCGACAUGGGAGCCUCCACGGUGUCACUGUGGCUGACGUGGGUUUGUCUCGUGCACAGCGCCUGGAUGCUCUCUCACGUGGACAGGUAUGAGGUUGUCAGACCUCAGAGACUUCCUGGGAGACAGAAGAGGAGUCUGCAGGACUCACAGCUGUUUCCUGAUACGGUUCAGUAUGAGCUGGCCAUCGAAGGGAGGAACUACACAAUUCAUCUGGAAAAAAACAGGAAUCUGAUCGGGAAAGACUUCACUGAAACACAUUAUUCAGAAGAUGGAGAACGGGUGACGACGUCUCCAAACCAGGAGCACUGUUUCUAUCACGGCCACGUCAGAGGCAUGAAGGACUCCUCAGUCAGCGUCGGGAUCUGUUCAGGAAUCAGCGGUUUCUUGCGAGCGCGGCAGCAGGUUUACCUGAUCGAGCCUCUGGGACGCUCUGACGACGGAGAUCACGCCGUCUACAGACCGGAGCACCUGAAUGUCAGCAACCGUGUCAGCUGUGGCUCCUCCUCCAACGCUAACACCACCACACCUUAUGACCAGGACCCGAGCCCCGCUGCCCUCUUCAGGUCCAGAUCAUGGAAAACGAAACCAGUGUCAGGUCCGCAGAGGUUUGUGGAGCUGUUUGUGGUCGUGGACAACGCAGAGUAUAAACGAUAUGGAAGUGAGACCCGAUCCAGAAUCCUUGGAGUUAUAAAUCACAUCGAUAAGCUGUAUCGCACUCUGAACAUCCGCGUCAUGCUGGUGGGUUUGGAGAUCUGGUCGUCCGGAGACUUCAUCGACGUCAACGAUAACUCGGAGAUCGCUCUGGAUCACUUCCUCAUGUGGCGUCAGUCCGAUCUGCUGCGGAGGGUGAAGCACGACAACGCUCAGUUUGUGACGGGAAAAGAUUUUGAAGGAGACACAGUCGGACUUGCAAACAAGUUCGCCAUGUGUACUGAAAACUCAGGUGGAGUCAAUCAGGAUCAUCACAACAACCCGAUAGGACUCGCCUCCACCAUCGCUCAUGAGAUGGGGCAUAACUUUGGCUUGUCUCAUGACGCUGCAGGUUGUGUCUGCGGUCCGUCU